GCUCGAGCUGUUGGGCUCGGGGCGUGUAGGCGCUGCAGGGCCGCCGGGCGUCCCGCGGGGCCCGACGUGUCGCUGGUGCGUCGAGGGGGGCCCCUCGCCUCGGGGCGCGCGAUGGCGCAGCCAGACGUGGUGGUGGUCGGCGGCGGCAUCGCGGGCCUCACGGUGGCACUGUCGGCCGCCGAGGCGGGGCUGAGGGUUGUGGUGCUGGAGCGGCAGCCGAGACUGGGCGGCCGCGCCCGGGGCUGGAAGGACCCGACGACGGGGGACCCGGUCUCCAUCGGCCCGCACGUGGUCACGGAUCCGGACUACCUGCACUUCUUCAAGCUGCUGAGGCGGAUAGGGACGUUCGACAAGCUCGCGUGGCAGCCGCCUGGGCACUUCAUGACGUGGAUGGAGGGCGAGCGCGAGAUCUCGAUCGAUCAGCCGACGUUCCUGCCGGCGCCCUUCAGCUGGCUUCCCGCGCUUUAUAAGGACCCGCUCCUGAAACUCCGCGAUGUCCACGCGAGCCUCCCCGUGAUCGCCUUCACUCUCAAGUGCAGCGAGGAGGAGCUUCUCGCGCUCGACGGGGAGUCUGGGCUGGACUUCCUCCGACGCUUCGAGGUCACGGAGAACAUGAUCGACCACUUCUGGCGUUUCGCCUGUCACGCCAUUUGCAAUGUGCCGCUCGAAGAGGUCUCUGCCUGCGCCCUGAUCCGUUUCAUGCAGCGGCUCGUCGGCACCUCGCCCAGGCUGGCGCGCAUUGGCUUCGCCAACUGCGGCCUGGGGGACCUGCUGACCCCGGCCAAGGAGCGGCUCGAGGAGCUGGGGGCCGAGGUGCGGCUUCGCACGGAGGUCUUGGGCUUCGAGGGCGACGACGAGGUCACCGGGGUCGUGCUCGAGGGCGAGGUGCUCCGGCCCAGGGUCGGCGUCGUCGUGACGCUUCCAGCCAGCGACCUGCACGCCUUCUUGCCUGAACGAUGGCACCAGCGCGCGCCGUUGCCACAAUUGGCUGGCCUCAAGCCCUGCGCCUACCUCUGCACCUACAUCUGGUUCGACCGCAAGCUGACGGACAAGCAGUUCUGGGCCCGUACCUUCACGCGGGAGGGCCUGAACUGCGACUUCUACGAUUUCAGUAACAUCUUUCCAGGCUGGACCAAGCCAUCCUUUAUCGGAACCAACUGCAUCGAUUCGACGGCCGCGAGCUCUGGGGGUCAGCGUGACCAUGCCAUGAACGGGAUGAGCGACGACGAGGUCUUCGAAAGGACGCUGGCCGAGAUCCGUGAGAACAUACCCUUGGCGCGCGACGCCAAGGUCCUCCACUGGACGGUCAACCGCGUGCCCCAGGCCAUCCACCGGCCCGUCGUCGGAACCGAGCGGCUGCGCCCCCGCGGCGGGGCCACGGGGGUCAGGGGCCUCUUCCUGGCCGGGGACUACUGCGCCACGCAGUUCCCCUGCUCCAUGGAGAGCGCCGCCUGCGGCGGCUACCAGUGCGCCGAGGCCGUGCUGUCCGCGGCCGGCAGGCCGCGCGCCCUCGUGGAGGCGCGCGAGCCGCUGGACGGCGCGGCCACCCUGCUCGGCAGGCUGCUGGGGCAGGAGCGCCUGCGCCCGCUGCUGCUGGGGCUGUCGCGCCUCAACGGCGGGCAGAUGGCCAAGCUCUGAGCUGGGCUGUCUCCGGGCGGCGCGCGCACAGCAGGGGCGACGUCCCCCCCCCCUAACGUUGCGUCUCGACUCCGGAGAAGUGUUAGCCAGAGGCCACGGGGGCUGCCAGGCAGCUCUGGACUCGAGUGCUCAAGCUGUUUGUGAGGCACGGGCUCGUAGCCAGCAGGCGGAGGCGGGCUCCACUUCGGUCUCGAGUCGAGCGAGGCGAGCCUGUUAGAACUCCCAGCGGAGGGAGCCUGGUAAAGCAUCCCUC